GUAAACGCCGUUGAUUUCCGUUUGUAGCCUUUCAGACAAUUUAAUCAACCUUCCAAAACCUUGUAACAUCUCAAAAGGCCCAAACGGUAAUAUGAGCGAAUAGCGACGGACCUUUAUAUCAAACUGCUGGUUUAUGACAGAUGUACAUCUUAACGAAUUUGCUACCAUCCCCCAUACUAACAACAACUGCUACCACUGCUGGCACCAAAAUCAUAGAUAUGUAAUGCGUGUCAUCGGGAACCAGACAGCAGAAUAGAAAACCUUAACAACGCAGCAACAUAAUGGCAACAGUAUUAGGAAAUGGCAUCGUAACUUUACUUUAUCUCUCCAUGGAAUUUUCAUGCUUGUUGAUCAUUCAUGGGUGUCUGGUGAUGAUGUGCUCACACACCCACACCUCGUUCUUUUUUCUACAGGCUAUCACUCCUCUCCUCCACCUCAUCCCACAAAGAACCCCUCCUUGACUUUGUUUAACAUGCUCUCGCUCUCUGAAUGCCACUUCUUGUUGUUAAUAAAAGCUUGAAGCACGCUCACUCAGAC